CGCGCCGCCAAGGAAGCGCAGUCAGAUGACGCACGAGGUCACGUCAGCAGCACAACACUCCCUUCGCUGCCCAGCUAAGCUUCUCGGGGUCUGGGGCCCGGAUCCUGUCAGUGAUGCUGCCGCUUGGUUUAUGGCAAUGAGACUGCUGCAGGGAUAACUCAUCUACGGGGCCGCGGCUGCUGCAGCGCUUCUCUGCCCUGUGCAGUGUCGGGGGCCUGCGUGUGACCGGAUAACAGAUCCUCCGAUGCUUACAGAUAUCUGAAGACAUUUCAUAAUGGCCACUUGCACGAGGAAACAGGGAUGCCAAACAAAGCCGAAAUUAUCCGUGAGAAAGGAAAAUAUAAGUGAUGCUUUUCUGAUCUCACUGAAGUCGGUGUUGGAAAGCAAGAAACAACUGUGCAGAAUUACAGAGGGAUUAAAAGGCAUCAAGAAAGAAAAUGUUGUGGAGCUUACAUUUCUUGGACUUUCUGAAGGAUCCGAGCCUCUUCGGGAUGUUGAAGCAUUACACUGGGAUCUGCCAGAACUGCUCAGAUCACUUCAUCUCUGCACUUUAAAUGACUGUGAAGUUAUUCUGCUAAAGGAUGGCAAAGAAGGUACAUCUUCUGCAACCCAGGGUUGUUUUUCUGGAACAAUGUGUGUCAUGUCAUCUCCCACUAUCCCGUAUUUAAAAAGGGAUUCCCUAUUUAAUCUGAUGAGCAAAUACACAACUGGAAUAAAGUAUACAGUGGAUCAUCAUUUAAGUGACCCGCUCAGAAAAGCUUCGCACAGUGAGGAAGAUGAUACAAAUCAGUCUGUUUCUUCAAUUGAGGAUGAUUUUGUAACCGCCUUUGAACAUCUGGAUGAAGAGGAUUUAGUUACAAGUGGAAACCAAGAAAGAGACCAUGAAAUAAUGAGAAGUCAACGUGAUGCUGCAUCCCAAACGCAGCCAACUCAUUGUAAAGACAUCAGAGGUUCAAAAAUUAUAUUUAGCUCCCUGCGCAGAAGAUCAUCCUUAAAGUCGGCAACUUUAAUGGGACUCAUGGGAUUUCCAGAUUUAUCAGCAUCUGUUAAAAAUACAGUCACAUCAUCAGUCUGUGAUUCGUGGAAGCAAAUGAGCUUUUCUGUCCAAGACAAAACAGUGUUCACGCCCCCUUCUGCUGAGUCUUCAGAAUCGGAGUGUUCAAGCCCCAGUCCUAUUAUAUUUUUAGAUGAGGAAGGAUAUCAGAAAAGUCUGAGAGCUAAACUUAAUUUGCCAAAGAUUCCUGUUGUGAAAGAUGACAUAGAAGACUCCGACUCGGAGCUCAGUGAAUUUUUUGAUAGUUUUGAUCAAUUCGAUGAAACCGAGUCAUCGCUUGAAAGCAACGAGAAACCUGCACAAAAAAAUGCUCUAGCCAGUCCACCUAAAAAACGAAAAUGUGUUUCUAUGAAUCCUCAGAAAUUUAAGGCUGAUAGUAUUAUCUUGUCAGCAAAUGUUAAAAAACCGACUCCAAGGAAACCUGAAUCUCCAUAUAAUAACAUAAGUAAGGUGUCAGAUUCCCACCGUCCUGUGAAAGCAACUGUGGAAGAUUCUGCCACUUUAUUUAAUCCCAUCAGAUCUUCUGCUUUUAGCCCACUCGGUAUUUCCACACACGCGGAGUGCUUAUAUACCCUGGAAGGCAAUGAGCAUGCUUCAGAGAAAGACAGGGUUUACAGUGAUUAUGCAAACUGUGUAUGCUUUCAGCUGUUUGAUUCAGUGCUAAAUACUAAACCUCCUAUCAACGAUGAAUUAUCAAAAAAAGGAGUGGAAAAAAGCACAAGACUUAAACGCAAAUCCUAUAACAAAGAAUCGGAGCGUAAACUGAAGUCAAAGCAAAAAAAGGGUGGCAUUCAGAAAUUUGCUUCUGAAUUAGUUGAAAAAAGCUUAGGAGGUGCAUUUAAAGAUUUGCAAAGGGGUGUUUCGUCUUGCACAAGUGCCCUCUGCCAGUUGGCUGCCAGGUUAACGUCGUAUGUGUUUCAAAUGGCUUUCUAUGAAAUUAGGAGGAUGCAAGCAUUUUCAAUUAAGAAACAAGCCAUUAAUAGUUUAGCAAACUUAAUGGUCAGUGAGGUUAUUACAAGUGCGUUACAAGAGCUUCGUUAUAUAAAGAAACAAAUGGUUACCAAUGCAGUUACACGGUUCGCUACUGAUCUUGCAGAGGAGCUUGUUUUUGAGGGGAUUAUGGAAGUUUGCCAGUUUUCACAUCCUCCAACUCCUGUUGCUGCACCCUGGCAGACGUUUGAUUAUGACAAUGCCAUUGUAAGUUCCUAUGCAAAAGAUCUGUCAGAAUCUGUGAUCCAGGAGGCAUUUAUUGAAUUGUCCCAGGUUAAUGUGACCUUCACCACCCAAGCAGCUAUUAGUGUUUCCAUGGACACUCUUAAGUACGUAAACUCAGAAAGUAUGAUGCAAUCUACGCAAAGGUCUGGAACAUUCCCUAAUUUACCAAGCAGGAUCCAAUCAGAGCAUGACACGGAUAGUGAUUAUACAGUACAACAUGCGUUGCUGUUUACAUCCGGACUUAUAAGUUCAGUCCCAGUUCCUGUUGCUGCCAAAGCACUAACUUUCUAUAAAAUCUCAAAUGAGGAUUGUGCAGCUGUGUCAGUUCAUCAUGAUAUGAAUAGCAAUACUGUAGAUUGUUACAGUCUUUCCACAAAAUAUGGGCAUGAAAUUCCAACCACAAAAACAACACUGCCUCUUUUUGGCUACAGUAUUUCCAAUAGUCAACAAGAGAAGCAAAACUUACCGUUUAAGAAGCUAAAGGAAGAUAAUGAGAAUGUGAAGGCCUUUUCUGUGUCAAUGGUAGAUAUGAUGGUAAAUGAAGCAUAUGAUGUAAUAUCAUCAGCCAAAAAAGUUGUUCCUUCACAGAAUAUCUUUCUCGAUAAAGAGCAAUCAAAACUGAAUUUUGCAGAUGGCCUGGCAAAGUGUAUUUUACACCAUUCGAUAGGUGAGAGUAGUUGCACAAUUUCAGACAGAUGUAUGCCUCCAAAACUCAAAUCUGACUUUGUUGAUGCUUCAGCAGAUAAAGACAGCCAUGCUUCGGAGGACACUGAAAUAUGUACAAGUCUACAAAAAAAUGCAGAGCAGCAGCUUUUAUUUACGAAGUAUAACCUUCCCCAAAAUGCAUCUGCAUCUCAAAAAGGUGCAUUUUCUAAAAGUAUAUGUGUGGGGAAUUCAGAUGUUUCAGAAGUUAGAAGUUCCGAAAGAAAUGUGCAAAGUAGAGAUACUUCAUACUCUUCCAUUUUUGGCCUUCAGACUUGUCUUUCUCACAUCAAUAAUUUCUCCUCAGUCAUGUGUAGUUGUGGUGAUGAUUUUAGUGAAGACAAAACAAGUCAGCGGGAUUCCAGUAUGACAACAGUACCUGAUACACCUCCCCCCACUCCUUUAGCUUCUUAUGAAUUAAGCCCAGAAAGGAGUAUGAAAAAGCUUUGUAAGGAACUUAAAGGGCAACUGGCAAAAGAGUUUUAUCCAGCUACUCCGCCAUCUACACCCCGUUUGAGUGAUUCUGAACAUGAUAGCAUGAAGAAAGAAGAUUUUCUGCUUAAAGUCAUGCGGUCACUUUCAGAAGAAGUUGAAACUUCUAGCAGUGAUGGUAAUUCUGAAGACUUUUAUGAAGAUAUUGAGGUUUCUGAAGAUACAUCUCAGUAUGCUGACUAUUUGUCAACAAAUAUCUUAUCUGUAGCCACUGAAAUGGCUGCAGAUGUUUUAGAUGAUAAAUCCGUUCACAGAUCUUCUGCAAAAAACAGGUCUCUUUUACCGGACUUGAGUGAUAAAUGGGGAUACCCAGCAUACAUGAGGAAUGUUUCUGAGGAAACGCUGGCGAUGCUUUGCAAAUACGCAGGUAUUAUAGCUGGAGAAGUCCUUAAUGAUGCAAAGAAAGUUGUGGUCAAGAAACAGAAUACAAAGGUGAAAUCAGUUUGUGAUGUUGAUUGCUGUCAUUGUAGAAAACACCCUAGAGACUGCAGACCAAAAGAAAAAGGGUGUAUUUGUACAAGUAUGAAUUUUAAAGAAUCUGAUCCUUCCACUCUUUCUCUCCCUCAUAACAAUAUUGCUGCUGGUCUGACCUCCAAAUACCCAAGCUGUGAAAGUGUGACUGAGGAGUAUGCCGACCAUAUUAUACGCGUUCUAAAAAUGGAAGGAGGGAACAACGAGUUAAUAAUUGAUCAGUAUGCCGGCAGAUUAGUUUAUAGAGCUGUUAAGUCUGGCUUACAACAAGCUUCGAAAACAAUUAAACUCAAAUGCAAUAGGAAACCAGCUCCCAGAAGAAACUCGGAAGCUAACAGCAUGCAGGAAAUUCUCAGGCUUUUAAGCAUGACACAGCACCAAGAGCGGGAAAAGCAAAGAAGGAAGAGCAUUCCAAAUCAUUCCUUUGGUGAGGAAUCUUCUGGACAUGGCAAAGAUUCCCGUAGACCAGAGUUCACAGGCCUGCUACGUUUUGCAGAAACUCUUGCAAAUACAAUAACUUGUGAUGUAAGGAGAAAACUAAAAAUAUCAGCCGUGUCUCUUCCCAAAUCACUGACUGAUUCAUGUCUGUAUACAAAAUCAAAAACUGAUGAGGCAACUGGUGACCUUGUCAGAAGAAAUGUUUCCAAGAGUCUCCUUCCAUAUUCACAGACAAAUAAAUUAUAUCAUAGCACUGGCAGCCUGAAUGAUGAAAGUCUUAAAGUAGGUGUCCGUCAAGCUAUUGAGCAAUAUGCAUGUAAAGUUGUUGAUAGUACCAUAGAAUUUACCUUGGAAACAGCAAGACUUCAAACAUUUGAACACAGGAAAAACAAUGAUAAAGUGUCACAUACUGGGAAGCCAAUGCAUUCAUAUGGACCCAUUUGUAGGGUUUGCAGUGCAAAAGAACAAGGACAUACUCCGUUGUCUUGUCAUUUUCUCUUGGGGCCUGAUGUCUCCAGGAGAACGAAACAAUGUUCAAGGUCUAAACAUAACAAUGGUCAUAAAUCAAGAAUUUUUCAUCAUAAUAUACCUAAAAUUCACAUUGAUUUUGAUAAGAGGGCAAUAUUUGCAGAAAAAAUUGCUAGUGCUGCUAUAGAAAAAGCAGAGCGUGAGCUGAGCAACACAAGUUUAGCUGCCGAUAGUGGUAUUGGACAAGAUGGGAGCAGCUUUGCAGAUAGUCUCACCACAGAAAUAAUGAUGUAUGCUAUGAAGAACAUCGGACAUGUUGUUAACCAAAGUUCUGAUGGCAAAGAUGGCUUCCAGUCAGCAGACUCUGUUACUAGCCAGCAGACAAGUGUCAGUGUUGGGGAUGACAGUAAUGGCAGCUGGUCCAAUCUGAGUUUUGAAGAUGAGCAUCAAGAUGAGAGCAGCAGUUUCCUGCACCUCAGUGACAGUAAUGGUAACAGCAGUAGCUGGAGCAGUCUUGGCUUGGAAGGAGACAUGUAUGAAGAGAAUAUUUCCUUUCCACCAUCAGACAGUGAUGGUGCAGAAGACAAAGAUGAAAAUCAUGAAGCAGCUGCAAAAGCCCCAGAACAUCUCUGCAAGACUUUACUGAUUAGAAAUGUUGAUAUGGGACCAUAUAUAAUUGAGUCGCAGCUGAGGACAACAUUACAGUGGAUUGUUGCUUCAGAGGUUGGCGUCUCUGAGCUGUACUUUGUGGAAGGUGACAAAAGAGAACUUUUGGCUGUUUCCAGAAGGCUGGCAGAAAAAGCCUGGACUGUUGGUGAUCUCUUACAAGCUGUUGUUCAUUAUUGUGAAAUCACUGAAAAGCUACCCAGUUUUCAUAAACCUUUGUUUGGGUGGCUUUUGGAUCAUUCGUAAAAAAAAAAAGGCACUUUAUACGAUUUUAUAAGACGUAAGAAAUGUGAAGUAAAAAAAUCUGCCAAUGGCUCUAUAACUCGCAGUAUUUAAAUAGGCAAUUAAUAUAAUGUAGCUUGCAUUGUGAAAUAUUGUGUCCGUGUAUUUAUUUUGAAUACAUAUCUGUGUGGUGAGUACCAAGACAAUACAAGUAAAUGUGUGUUCUUGGUAUUAACCAAAAAUAUAAACUAGCACUUUUAUCCGCUAAGUGACCGUUUUCUAGGAUGCAUAUCACUAUCAAGAAACAGAAGACUCUGUAGGUGAGAUUUACAUACAUUCAGUAGCUUUUUUGCACUCCCACAUUCAUAGCUCUUUGUUCCAAUAGAUUGCAAUAUUCCUUUCAUGACUAUGAUUCACGUUAUUUAAUUUGCAUAUCUAACCGUAGUUUUUUAUUUGGGGGAAAAUAGUGUUGUUGUUUGUGAAAGUGUCGCUACAUUUUACAAGAAGUAAGGAAAAAAAAUCAUGGUUAUUACAAAUGAUUUCUAAACCCUUUCUUUGUCCUACUUACUGUACUUUGCACCAAAUGUGUCUGUAAAAUAUUGAUAUUGUAUGAAAUUAGUGACCUAUAUUUGCUAUAGUUUUGCUUGUACUUUUACAAAAUGUACAUAUUAAUAAAAUUUACUGUAAAUUUGAAAUCUUAA